GUUGUUUCGCAAUUGCUGUUGUUGUUGUGACUAAUGGCGGCUCAGGCUCAGAUAUUUUGAAAGGAUCAUCGUAACAACGUAUCGGAAAAGAUUGUUCUUUGGCUAGGAAUCGAGCUGCAAUAUGUCUGAAAGAAAAGUGCUCAAUAAAUAUUAUCCUCCUGAUUUUGAUAUCACAAAACUUCCAAAGCUAAAACUUUCCAGAGACAGACAGUUUGUUAUUCGAAUCAUGGCUCCAUUCAGUAUGAGAUGCAAGACAUGUGGUGAUUAUAUCUACAAAGGAAGAAAGUUUAAUGCAAGACAGGAAACUGUGAAGGAUGAAACAUACCUUGGACUUAGAAUUUUUAGAUUUUACAUUCGCUGUCCAAAAUGCCUUUCUGAAAUCACAUUCAAGACAGAUCCAGAAAAUACAGAUUAUACCAUGGAGGAAGGUGCAACAAGGAAUUUUGAAGCAUUUCGGCUUGCAAAAAAGCAGGAAGAAAGACUCAAACAAGAGAAAGAGGAAGAGGAGCUUAACAAUCCAAUGAAGGCUCUAGAAAACCGAACGAUGGAAUCCAGGCAGGAAAUGGAAAUGCUGGAAAAGCUUGAGGAAUUGAAAGACAUUAAUGCAAGACAUGCUGCGGUGGAUCACGACCAGUUGAUUCGAGAUCACAUCCUAGUAAGCGAAGAGGAAUUGAAGCGAAAACAAGAAGAGGAAGAUGAAGCACUUAUCAGGUCUGCUUUUGGCAAGAGGGAUGACGGUUAUGUAAAACGCCUUGAUGACUAUGAUUCUACAGAUAAAGACGAUCCUUCGAUUUCAAACAUGACCGAGGAAGUCCCCUCUCGCAAAAGAUUUGCAACCGAUGUCCUUACGGAGGAUGCUGGUGGUGCAGAUAAAACAAAAAAGUCAAAGAAAGCUCAAGGCGUUGUCGCAUUUUCGAAAAUGAAGAGUGCUAGCAUUGUUCGUAAAAAGCCUGCAUCAACCGCACAGCCUUUUGUACAAGCUGGCAGCUCAUCAACUUCGUUGGAUAACAACCGUGGCACAACAUCGCUUGUCGUAAACAUUCAUCCAGAACCAAGCUGUUCAAAUGCUACUGAGGACGCUACAAAGACAUCCCAGUCAAAGAUAGGCGCAGGUUCAUUGUCACUACUUGGCACAUAUGACAGCUCUUCAAACAGCGAUGAUAGUGAUUAGUACAAGCUUUUUCUUCAAUUUAUUAUAAUUUUUGAUAAAUUCAUCUCAGACAUUUUGAUACAUUGGAUUUCAAAAGCUUUAUUCUUUGUUUUGUGAUGUUUUAUUUGAAGUCUAACACUUUUAUUCCUAUACCAUAUGUUUCCUUUCUUAAGCGGGAGAUCCUGAGCGUUAUCACUAGACAUGUUUGAUAAAAGCUUUUUCUCUUUAUUUAACUGCAACAAAACCUAAAUUCUGAUGAUCUCUGUAAGCACUAUUUAGAUUUCUAUUUGACUCAUAAUGGUGUAGUUGGAGACUUUCUGAAACGAUUCUGCACAUUAUAACCUGAACCAAAUCUGUAUUCCCGUUCUGUUCAAAGAACUUUGCACCUGUUAUAUCAUAUCUUGAUUAUCUUAACAUGUGACAAAGAUUGAAAACAAGGAAAAGACCCCAACAAAUCAGAAGAACACUUCCUAUCACCCAACACAGUGAAAUCUGCUUAUUUACACAACCUAAAUACGUAUGUUAUGACAAAAUUCAGCGCGAAUGCUGCGUUAUUGUAAACUGCAUAAGCUUAUAAUCAGUUAGCUAAUAAUUAGAGGUUAGUAACCUUACUCAAAAUAAAACAGUUAUUCAUGCCGAUAUCGAGUUUAAAAUUUAUUCAUCUACAUAUCCGCGAUCUACCGUUGAUAUGGCUGUUAACACGUGCCACUUUCGGACUGUCUUGCCCUUGGCCUCCAGCAUCUCUUUCCAGUGUAGCAGCUCCUCCUCACUGGUGUUGUCACGACCCAUAGAGAACCAGCCAAGAAUUUCUUUUCGUCUCAUCUUCUUGAUGUUGAUAAUCGAGAACAUGAAGCUGACGCUUGGAAGGUCGAAUUCGAUUAUCUGGAACACGAAUGUCUCGUUGUACUCAGGAUCAAACAUUGAACGACGAAUUGAGGUCUUGCUUUUCGACAACUGCUGACCAACAGAAUUGAACAUCGAAACCUUCACGUACGUAUCUGUAAGGGAGAAGGAACCCAAAAAUGAUACAUCUCUUUUACUCUUUAAACUUUUCAGUUGAUAAAAGUGCUUUGGAUUUAUAGAUUAGAUUUUUGCAAGAGAGAUUGUC